GACUGGACUAUGUCAUGAUCACUUAUAUUACAAACAGUUAACAAGAAAAGAACUGAGUUUAGCGUUCUUGGUUUGGUUUUGUGGAAGAACUUUUAGAAGGAGAACUUGUGUUCGCAAGAUGGAUGCGGCAAUUUGUCUGAUGAUUGCUGUAAUUCUUACAGCAGGGGAAAUUUUGAAUGCAGACCAGUGUGUUUCCAGCCCGUGCAGCAAUGGCGGUACGUGCUACAACGAAUACGAGGGGUACGGCUGCCUGUGCCCGGCCGGUUACAGCGGGCCACGCUGUGAGCAAAGGCAGAACAGCGGAGGGAGGUUGGGUUUCUGCCCUGAUAUCACAGAUGACAGGGUCGGGCUGUGCGUCGAGGAUUGCACGGACGAUUCGUCCUGCCCAGCCCCGCUGAAAUGCUGUUCCAAUGGAUGCGGCCACGUCUGCACGGCUCCGGUCAUAACAGAGGACAUGAAUUGGUGUAUGUCCAACCCGUGCGGCAACGGCGGCACGUGCGUAUACAACAGGCAUGGGUACGGGUGUCUGUGCGAUGCUGGUCGAUUCGUCGGCAGUCACUGUGAAGAACCUGUUUUCCAAUCCCCAUCACCAUCGUCGUCAUCGUCGUUUCCUUCAUCCCUAUCAACACCAUCAACGCCAUCGAUAUCACCAUCACCACCAGCAACAUCGUUGAUAUCACCACCAUCUUCAUCAUUGUCUUCAUCAUCAACAUUGCCAGGAGACGACAACCCUGGUAGCCCCGAGGACGUCGCUGGUAACCAACAGCUGCCGACGGCCAUCAUUAUCGCUGCGGUUUGCAGUGUAAUAAUAAUUGUAGCGAUACUGGUGUUCACCGGGAUUUUCUUGUACCGAAGAAGAAAUCAAACGACCGACUCGGAUACCGUAUCCGUGGACAGCGGGAAGCAGAUCAUAAAGAAGGGUCCGGAGACGGGUCAGGAGCCUUGCUACAUGGAACAUGGACAUCAGAUGGCCUGAAGAUGGGAACCAGCCGAUGUCCUCCACCCCACAGUCUUUGCAGACAGAAUAAUUAUUUAGCCAUGCCGUUCUAUAUUCUGGUAUGUUGUUUCAAGAAAUUUAAAUUGAAUAAUAAGUAUGAAUUACUCAUGACUUCGCACUUGAUGAAUAUUUCAAUAGCGCCCUCUCCAAAAAUCAAGGGUAAAAGUGCUCGUCGCAAUUCACUUGGCCUGAGCUGUGAAGAGUCUGUUCAAUUUGCCUUUCAGUUUUGUAUACCAAUUCUUCCUGCGGCUGGGCGGGGUGUAUCUUUGGUAUAAUGGUCACCAAACAAACAAAGAAAGCUUUCACUGAUAUUUUUUUGUCAACUAAUUAUUUAGUAGGACAGGUUUUCAUGCUGCCUGUAUAAUAGACUUGUCUAAGUAUAGCAUAUUGUAUUUUCGUAUUACAUGUUUGUACAAAUAAUAUUUCUAUUAAUAUUUUAUAUAAAGCCAUUGAAGUUUGUAUUAAAAAAUUGUAAAAGAGAGUAUAUAAAUGAUUGUUUAGGAAAGUUUAA